AUGAUUCGAAGUUUCGAUAAAUAUUUACAAAGUUUGAAGCCAAAAUACGAUGACGAUAUAGUGGACAGAUGCAACUAUUUACUCACUAAUAUGAUGAUUUUAAUUUGUGCGAUAACUGUUGCUGCAAAACAGUAUGUUGGAGAGCCAUUACAAUGUUGGGUGCCGGCUGAAUUUCAGGAUAGUUGGGAACAAUACAUUGAGAAUUUUUGCUUUAUUGAAAAUACUUAUUUUGUACCGUUCGCGGAUGAUAUCCCUAUGAAUGCUACUGAGCGUAACCAACAUAAAAUACAGUAUUAUCAGUGGAUACCAUUUAUUCUUAUCUUGCAAGCCUUGCUAUUUCUUCUCCCUCGCACAAUCUGGACAAUGUUCAAUUGGCGCACAGGACUAAACAUACAAACGAUUGUUGAUGCAGCCAUUCUGACCAGAAAAGUGGACAAAAAACGAUGUUUGAAACAAAGAACAGAGAAUCGAGAGGAUUCAUUUGCGCAAGCCCAACAAAUUGCUUAUGUGAUGGAUUUUAAUAGAAGGAAAAAUCAAUGUAUGAAAUUGCUGGUACCACUUCGGCAAGCUUAUGUUACGACAUUGUAUUUAUUUUGCAAAUGUUUGAAUGUGCUAAAUAUCAUUACGCAACUUUACUUGCUGAAUUGUUUUCUCGGUAUGCAGUAUCACUUUUGGGGCUUUGGAAUACUCAACGAUCUGAUUAAUGGUAGAGAAUGGUCCGUUAGUGGAAAUUUCCCGAGGGUUACUUUUUGUGAUGUGGUAAUUCGUGAAAUCGGUAAUACUAAUCGGAAAACUGUUCAAUGUGUUCUAAUGAUAAAUAUGUUCAAUGAGAAAAUAUUCCUUUCCUUAUGGUUCUGGCUGAUGGCUUUGGGCCUUUUAACAAUUAUUAAUUUAGCUUACUGGACAAUAAUAACUUUUGUUCCCAUCUAUUCUAGAAACUUCGUGUCAUGUUAUUUGACUUUUCACAACAUUGAACCAUCAGAAGAAGAACUUAAUUAUUUCCUAUAUAAUUCAGCUGGAAAGGAUGCAAUUACGGCACUGCAUUUGGUGAGCGAUAAUGCUGGCGAAAUGGUAGCAGCUGACCUAUUUGCAGCACUAUGGUGUAUUUGUCGGGAACGCGAGAAUAGAAACAAAUUUGAGGUUAGAUAA